GGUAUAAAUAUAAAUUAACUUCCGGUCAAAGUGACAGGAUGGUUGCAACCUGAAAAUCAAUAAAUCAAGAGAAACAGAAGAAAGUUCGCUGUUAUUGGGAUCAUCUAUUUAGCCAUGUCAUGGGCGAGUGAACUUCCUACUGAGCUCCAGCGCCGGCCCACAGGACUUGUAGGGUUGACUGGGCUGGAUGUCACAUACAAUGCCAUACACAAGUUGAUUUGGGACUCGUUUUACAAUAAUCGUAGACCGGAUCGCGUGCCACUGCAGUUCAAAGUGUUCCCAGGGGAUCACGAGUAUCCAAAAUGUAGGACAAACAAGAGACAGUCAUAUGAGUGGUACAUACCAAAGGGGAUACUGAAGACCGGCUGGAUGAACAAGCACCUGACCUUAGUUCCUGCUGUUGUGGUUGUCUUCUUUGACCUUGACUGGGAUGAGCCCCUGUGGAAGGAGAAGCAGAUGGAGUGUGCGACCAGAGUGGAGAUUGUCAGGAACAGUUUACAGGGCCGAGGGACUAAGGUGGCAGUGGUCCUGAUCCAAAAGAAUGCUCCCCUCCCACCUGGGGAGGACAUGGUCGCGGCUGAGCGAGCAGCAUCCCUGUGUAGUGCCUGUGAUUUGUCAGCCAAGCAGCUGUAUGUGUUACCACACACAGACCAUCUGAUAGGAUACACAAUAAGGCUGGAGAAUGCCUUUUAUGAGCUUGCUCAGAGUUAUUACCAUGGUGAGGCUCGUAAAGUGAAAUCUCACAGAGACUUCCUGAACAAAACCACGCACCAGCUCCUGUUCGUCAGACAUCAGUAUAAAAUUGCAUUCUUCAAUGAGUUAAAGCAGGACAGCCACACAGCACUGAAACAUUACAAACAGGCCUAUGGACACCUAUUAGAUCUCAGAAUGCAUGACACAAACUUACUGGAGAUUAAGACUAUUGCAGGCUUCAUCAGUUAUAAGAUUUGCAGACUCUCCUUCCAGCACACCGCCCCACUAGAUGCCAUUGCACAGUUCAGGAAGCACAUAGAUUUCUUCAAGUCUCGAGUGGGGAGUCCAGAUCUCGCUUUUGAACACAGUGCUUGGAUGUCUAAACAAUUUCAGGUGUUUGGCGACCUUUUUGAUGAGGCGAUUAAGCUAGGAUUAACAGCAAUACAGACACAGCAUCCCGGGUUUUAUUAUCAACAGGCGGCCAACCAUUCCAUCAACAGGAAACAGCUGUGUCGGGGUCUCUGUAAGCCCUUGACCCAGGUGUUUCAGCCCGACCCCCUGGAAAGCCUUAAUCACCUGGACUUCUAUGGACAGCGACCUUGGAGACAGGGUCAUCAAAGCAUUGAGCCUCCAGACAUUCAGAAAGAAAAGGAAGGAAUUCUUGCACUCCAGAGUUUGGAAGUCAAAGUAGACCACUCGUGGCUGACGAUUCCGUUACUCAGCAAUGCAGUGGCACAGUUCAAAAAGUACAAGUCUCCCCGAAUGAAGCGAUACCUAAUGGUUCAAAUGGGGGAAGAGUAUUAUCAUGCCAAGGAUUACAAUAAGGCUCUCAUGUUGUUGAACAAGGUGACAUGGGACUACCGUGGGGAGCGCUGGUGGCCACUCCUAACCUCAAUCUUGGACACCUCCCUGAAGUGUGCCUAUCUGACCGCUAAACUCCAGGACUACGUGUCAGUCUGUCUAGAAAUGGCUGGGCCCUAUGUCCGACUGAGUGAGGAAGAGAAGACGAGAAUCCAGAUGAACCUGACCCGAGUGUUGACAAAUGACCCACCAGAGCCGGAGCCAGGCUUAGACUCGGGAUGUGUUGAGAAUGCUCGUCGUUUGUGGCAGACGUCAUCUGAGUCACCGUGUGUCUUCACUAUGGACGUUCAGACCAUUGUACCAUUUGUGGAGUGUAAGGGGGUAUUUACUGCUGAGACAUUCGCUGCUGACCGGGAAGUGGAACUGCAGAUCUACAUUAGAACAAACUGUCAGUUUCCCAUCCGUUUUUCUAAACUUUCCGUUCAGCUGAACAACCAGAUUUACAAUGACUACUGCAAGGUGGUAGAUGGACAUGGAAUUUCUGCCGUGUCGGAUGGGGAUUUCACCGACAAAGACUUGUACCUGGUUCCUGGGAAAACUAAACUCUACACCUUUUCAUUUCUACCUGUUAAAGAUGACAUCAACUCUCAGAUCGAGGUGACAUCCAUGGUUUUAGAGCUGGGAUCAGAGACAAAGAAGUGUGCCCUGCUAAGGUGGAUGGGAGGGGGAGGGGAUGCAUUAGUCACUCCAUUUACCUCACCCCCGGUGACGAGCAGACCCCCCGUGAAGGCGACGGGGGAUAUACACUGGGACAGUGUGGGAGUGCGGUCCAAAACCAGGGUUUUGCCAAGGACUGCUAUGGUUGACCUUGACCUAAUUCAUCAGUCACCAUGUCUGUUGAAUGAGUUCUACUGCUUAUCGCUGAAUGUAAACAAUAAAGAGGAGGUCAAAAUUCAUAAUGUCAGGUUGUCAUUUGGCGUAAAGGAAGACACGUCUAGCAAUGUUGCCGAUCAGACAAUACACAUGUGUUUGGAUAAGCCAGAAUUUGACGGUAAAACUAUCAACAGAAUUAACAGUAUCGACAUAGGAACCAUUCCUAAAGGUGGACAGAGUACGAAAAAGCUUUACAUUAAAAAUCUACAGAUCGGAGCAAGGAAUGUGUUUUUUAAGGUCGAGUAUGACGUCUCCAUAGAAACCAAACAAGGCGCUGUGACCUGUUCCUGUCAGAAGGAGGAGGAGCUAUCUCUGAACACUGUGAAUCCUUUCGAAGUUUCCGUCAAGCUUCUCUCCAUGAAGUUUGAGGCUUUAGAUACAGUGCAAAUACAAGAGCCGUUUUUAUUAAGUCCUGAACUGAACUGUACCUCACCCUGGACAAUAGAGAUGUCAUCCAGCAGCCUCAAUAUGUCAUCCAAUGUGUGUCAUGUUGAUAAAGUUGUACAGUCACAGCUACAAGGAGUGACCUUGAAUAAAUCAGAAUGUGCAUCCGAGUGUAUCUGUUUAAAGGCCAUAAACUCCACACCGAUCCCUGUAUCCAUAGGAACAUAUUCCGUGUCAUGGAGACGGAAAACGGAUGAGAGCUCUCCCUAUGUAGACACGGUGUUCCCACUGCCCACAGUCAAUACAGAGUACAUUCCCCUGUCUGUCCAGUUACGUCUUCCGGCCUUCGGUGGCGUCAAGUCACUACUGCCGUUAUCUUACGUACUCUGCAAUCGCACGCCCUAUCCACAGGAACUGGAAGUUACCAUGGAUACCAAUGACUGCUUCAUGUUCUCAGGAAACAAGCAGUUUCAUUUCCGUGUGCUGCCUGGUGAGCCGUAUGAACUCAAGUACAACUUGUUUCCUCUGGUGGCAGGUCAUGUAAAUUUACCCAAACUGAACUUCACCCUGCUACGAUACCCAGAUCCAAUCGACGCCAUUCUACAGAAAAUGCUCCCUACCCAUAUAUUCAUUAAGCCCUGUGGAAAGGUGUUGUCUCAAGGAACCUGAUGAGCUACAAACCUCUAACAUUUAAUGUGUGUACUAAGUUUUGUCUCAAGGAACCUGAUGAGCUACAGACCCCUGGAAGAUUUAAUGUGUACUAAGUGGUGUCGCUCUUUGUUACUGAGCCGGAGUCUGAGUUAACAGACACUACUGACCAUGUCGUAUGUGAUUCUUCUGGAAGGAAUAUGUAUUUUUUUUUUAUUGCUUUGUUUUGCAUUAAAAUAUGUCUAAACAACA